ACAAACAACAGCCAUCAGGAAGCCAAACUUUCGAUGUGAGGUUGAACUGUAAAGCCUUUAAUGGAGCACAGAGAGUAUGGUCCUCCGGAGAAGAGACGCAGGGUACGCUGUAUUCUUUUAAGUGUCGUCGGUCUCCUGCUCCUGCUUAUUAUCGUCACCGUUGUGUUGGGACUCAGUCUGCGGCAGAAUACAGACAAACUAAAUCCCACAUUCAUUGCAAGGUGUCAGGAGUUCAAAGGGUACGACUGUGAAAAGAUGUGGGAUGUAUUUGAGCAAGCCUAUGUAGGCCGGGACCCUUGUGAUGUUCCCAUGGAAGCCUAUGACCCUUUUAUUGCCGCCGCCCCCUUGAAACCUGCCUGCAACCGAAUGAUGUUCUGGAGUAAAACCAAGGACCUUGUCCAUGACUUCACGGAGAAGAGAGAUUGUUACGUCACCGUGGAGGACUCUCUGCUGGGGUCUGUGCUGGAUGGUCUCACCUGGUGUGGAAAGGAGGGCAGCAGUGAAACAUUCACUACCGGCUGCCCAGGGUGGACAGACUGUGUGAACAACACUGUUCGCUCAUUUUGGAACAGAGUCUCAACUGCUUUUUCAGAUGUUGCCUGUGGUGAUGUCACAGCAAUGCUAAACGGAUCCAUCGUCACACCAUUUCAUCCUGCAAGUAUUUUUGCGAGCAUCGAGGUGAAGAGGUUCGACUUCCCCAGGGUGAAAAGCCUGAAUGUUGUUCUGGUCACACAGAACAAAACUGUGACAAACUGCACUAAUGCAUCUUUAAAGGAUUUACAGAAAGAGCUGGAUCAAGGGAUAACAUAUAACUGCGAGGAAGUGACUGAAACCCAGAUCCAGGACUGCAGCUCCCAUCCAGAGAAACCCUGUGGAGCCUGUUGGUGAUGACCUGUGAACUCAAUAUCAGAAUAUACUGUGUAAACAAAACAAUAACCUACUGUAAAAAUAAUAUUUUGUCCAGAAUAUAUUGUGUAAAGUCUUUGUAAAUGGAAUAAUGGGCUAUUAUACAUAAGGUGUAUUUUCAUAUGAAUGUCAAUGACGUUUUUUUUAAUCUUUUUUCGAAUCUGGUGCUAGCUAAUUCGACUAACAGUCUUGCUCCCACCUGUAAGAAAAUGUUUUAAAUACAAAAAAAUAUAUAUAUUUAAAGUUGUUUGUGUGAACUAUUACAUAAGAUAUAAGAAAUACUUUUAAGAUCCAACACUAGAAUAUAAAUGGAAUUAUCUUAAAUAGAAAUUAAAUCGAGAAAUUAUAUUAAACGUAAUAUGUGCAUUAUAAUAAAUAAACUUUGGGAUUCACGAUUAAAUGUGUAAGAAUAUGCAUUGAAAGACAAGUGUAACAAAUAGUAUUAUUGUACUGAUUGCAGUAUUGUGUAAACCAGAGGUAUUGCACAUUUUAAACAAUUAUUGACCUGUUAAAUAAAGCUUCUAAGGCUAGUGAGAUGUACAUUUUCAACACUAGGGGGCCCUGUUCAGAGAUUCUUAGUAUCAGUUUCAUUCAUGAUUGUUAAAAGCAAAAUCAUUGAAUUCAAAAUGUUGAUGCCAUGAGGAUGUUAAAUAGAAUUCAAACAGUACAACAAGGUUUGAAAAUGGAUCUAUUGGACAUUAUACAUUAUGAAUUGAACUUAAGGUGCACUUACAUAACUGUUUCCUAUGAGGAGUUGCAGUUGAGGGUUUCAGGAAAAAUACCUACUGUAGUGGUGAAAGCUCUCCUUAUUUAUUGUUAAAUAAAUAAAUAUAAAUGUCAUAUAUAUAUAUAUAUAAAUAUAGACCAUUUCUUUUUUAUUUAAAGUUAACGUUUCAGUUAUUUCUACUGAGACAAGUACUGUAAUGUCGGUAAACAUCAGCAUAGCUUUGGUAAUUUCCACUACCACCACGGCACCAGGUUUACAUUGAAACCUUUUGAAUACUUUUUGAUAUUAAGGAUACACACACUUAUCUACUAUUAAUUAACAUGAAUACAAACUAUUACCAAAGUGUUAACCAUAGACAUGCCAAAUGUUUGUUUGUUAAAAGCUAAAAUAAUUCACAUGUUGCCCGUCUUUAUGACCAAGUAGCCUAGUAGUCUGUUUAAAGUUUAAACUGAUUAAAGAGCCUAGCAUGUUAGCAUUUUUUCUUAAAGGUCCCCUAUUAUACAAUUUUCAACAAUAUAUUAUAGGUCUCAGAUAUAUACAAAACAUGUCUCUGAAGUGUUUGACUCGAAAUACAUAACAGAUUGUGCAUUGUAGCAUCCAAUAAACCCCUCUGUUUCAGCCCU